AUGGCGCCGCCGCCGGAGCCCCGCCGCCCGUACAAGCGACCGGCCAUCUCCGACCAGCAGCGCCGCCGUGAGCUCGCCCUCCAGGCGCAGUCCUCCCGGCGCGCCGACGCCCAGGCGCGCGCCCGCGCCCUCGCCACUACCCUCCUCACCACCCAGGCCCCUGCCGCAGCCACCAGUCGCCACGAGGAGGACGAGUACGAUGAGCAUGAGGAGGAGGAGCACGAGCACGAGCUCACCAUCGCUGGAGUCGCGGCGGCGGCCGCCGCCUCCAGGCUCCGCGGCCCCGACGCGCGCCGGUGGUUCGCGCGUCAGAUCAUGCUUCCCGAGUGGAUGGUCGACGCCCCGCCCCACCUCGCCACCGACUGGCAUGUUUUUGCCCGACCUUCUGGCAAACGAUGUUUGGUUGUGUCAUCCAAUGGCAUGACGAUCAGCAGGGUUCGUAACGGGUCCAUCCUUCAUCGUUUCCCUUCGGCACUACCGAACGGAUCAAAGAGAGAUAUUUCUGGCCCAGCGAGCUCGUACUCCAUUCUCGAUUGCAUUUUUCAUGAGCCUGAUGAGACAUACUAUAUCAUUGAUAUGAUCUGUUGGCGAGGCUAUUCGCUCUAUGACUGCACUGCUGAGUUCAGGUUUUUCUGGGUCAACUCUAAGAUUGCAGAAACUUCUGCUGGUGAUCCUCCAUCAACAUACCAUAGAUAUAGAUUCAGUGCACUCCCUGUAUACGAUUGCACUCUUGAGGGUCUCCAAGCAGCAUACUCGGGCAGCAUGCCCUAUGUCAAAGAUGGCUUGCUGUUCUACAACAAGCAUGCACAUUAUCAAGCUGGGAUUACUCCCCUUGCCCUGGUAUGGAAAGACGAGACUUGUAGCCAAUAUGUUAUUGAUACGGACAAGAAGGGAGAAAUACCAAGUGAACAACAUCUUGUGUUGGAGCUGCUAGAAGAUGGAAGGGUAGUUACUUCUGACGAUCCUCCUGUUGCAUUUGGCAGCUUGGACAGUGCAUUCAUACAGAAGUCAAACCUACGACCAGGGAAUCUUCUCCGCUUUGCAGUUAGAGAUGAAAGUGUGAAACUUGUGGAUGGAAAGAUGCAGAUCGGUCAGCUGCAGUUUGUUGGAAAGCCAAACCGUGCUCGUGCUUUUGCUGACAGCCAUUCAAAAGUUUUGUUCCAGUAUACAGCAAGGCAUGUUCCUCUGAGAAUUGAGGAUCUGGUUGCCUCCAUUCAAUCAAACAAUAUGGAGCUUGAAUCCACUGAUGUUGAAAUGCAAGAUUAA